UUUGACACCGAGCAUGAUUGCACUCGAGCGUCCCCGUUUUCCUGGCCGAUAAAGAAAGGGAGACGCUCCUCCUAGGAACAUCCAUCCUCGUACACUACUAAGCUUAGCAACACACCACCCAGCAUACCACCCGGCACGGAGAAAUGGUCCGGUUCAAUCUCGGACGCCGGGUCCAUCGCCGCUUCUCGACGCUCCGGCGGUGCUUCUGCCGCACCUGGCGCAAGAUCCUCGCGCGAUCCUCCUCCUCGUCAUUGGCGGCGGCGGCGGCGGAGGAGUCGGGGAAGCGAUGCCGGUACCGGAUGUUGCCGUACGCUAAGGUGACUUCCCGGACGGAGCCCGUGUCGUCGUCCGGGGUCCCGUCGGCCGGCCCCGCGGCGUGCCGAGGCGGCGACGGGGAUUCGGAUCUGGUGGCGCUGAAGAUCGGCCUGCUGGGUGAUCAGCAGAUUGGCAAGACUAGCUUCGUGGUAAAGUAUGUGGGGGACGAGAAAGAAGAGAUCAAUUGCUCGGACACGAAAGGCUUGAAUCUAAUGGACAAGACAUUGCUGGUCAAUGGCGCACGCAUCUCUUACAGCAUUUGGGAAGUCGAAGGCGACGGAAGGCCCGGCGAUCACGUCCCGAUCGCCUGCAAGGACUGCGUCGCGAUCCUGUUCAUGUUCGACCUGACGAGCCGGUGCACGCUCAACAGUGUCAUAAGCUGGUAUCAACAAGCAAGGAGGUGGAAUCAGACGGCAAUCCCGAUCAUAGUAGGAACCAAGUUCGAUGAUUUCAUCCAGCUGCCCAUAGAUCUGCAGUGGACGAUAGCUAGCCAGGCUAGGGCGUACGCGAAGGCCCUCAACGCCACGCUCUUCUUCUCGAGCGCGACCUACAACAUCAAUGUCAACAAGAUCUUCAAGUUCAUAACCGCGAAGCUGUUCGACCUGCCGUGGACUGUGGAGCGUAACUUGACGAUCGGAGAGCCCAUCAUCGACUUCUAGAGUGUUGUUGUCUCUUGUAGAUAGUUGGUUCGUCAAGGCAACCGGUGUCGCUAGGGAAGGAAUUAGAGGCUCGCCUCGAUCUUCCUAGCAAUAUCUCGAGUUGUGUCGUCUGCAUUUCGAUUGGCGAUCGACAAUAAAAUCAAGUAUGGAACAAGUUUUGACGAAGGAAUUAAAUACC